AUGACGACUGAUUUAAAAUCCGAGUCGUGGAGACAGUUUUUGAACUUUGUUUUCCCGCGCGGACACUUUGACCUGUGUCGUCACAGAUCAACAUGUCGGCUCUGCGCCUCCUCGUCUGCGCCGCGCUCGCGCAGGCCGCCAUGUUUCCCGCCUUCCCUGCCGGAGGACCGUCACCGUGAGUCCGCGUCUCUCAGGUCGAUGCUCGAUGACUUCGACGUGCUGCCUCUCUCCAGCCUUCAGGCGCACUCUGUCCGCCGCCGCGACGUCCAAACGGAGACUCACGUGGAGAAGCUGCUGAGCUUCGACGCCCUGCAGAGGCAGUUCAGACUCUACCUGAGGACCAACAACGAGCUGUUCACGGAGGACUUCAGAGCCGUGAUCGUGGACGAGGACGGACGAGAGCGAAGCUACCCGGUCAACAGACACAACUACUUUACCGGACACGUGAUUGGGGAGGAGAACUCUCGAGUCCAGGCUCACAUCGACGACCACGAGUUCUCGGCUCACAUCCUGACGGAGGAGGCCGAGUACAACAUCGAGCCUCUGUGGAGGUUCACGUCAGCGCCCCCUGAUGGUCGUCUGCUCGUCUACCGCUCAGAGGACAUCAGGAACCUCAGCCGGCUGCACCAGCCUUCAGUCUGCGGCUACGUGACCUCUGACCCCGGACACCUCCUCCCUGACGGAGUCAAGGCAGCUACGACGGAGGAGCGACGGGAAGAAGUGUCCAGAGGGAAGCGUCAGGUGUAUGAUCACCUGAAGAACACCUGUCCUCUGCUGCUGGUGGCUGAUCAUCGUUUCUUCAAACACAUGGGCCGUGAGGAGGAGAGCACCACCUUAAACUACCUGAUUGAACUGAUCGAUCGCGUGGACGACAUCUACAGGAACACCACGUGGGACGACGAGUUCAAAGGUUACGGCGUCCAGAUCCAACAGAUCAUCAUCGAGAAGAGUCCGACGCCGGUCGCUCCAGGAAAGAGUCACUUCAACAUGAGAGGAAGUCCGACCAAAGGACGAGACGUGUGGGACGUGAAGAAGCUGCUGGAGCAGUUCAGUGUGGACAUCGCGGAGAAGGCGUCUAACGUGUGUCUCGCUCACCUCUUCACGUAUCAGGACUUUGAUGAAGGAACUCUCGGCCUCGCGUACGUCGCUCCGUCCAAACCGGACAUCGCCGGAGGACUCUGCUCCAAAGCGUGUCCUUCGUCUUCACACGGACACAGAAACAUUUACCUGAACACGGGCCUGACCAGCACAAAGAAUUAUGGGAAAACCAUCCUGACCAAGGAAGCCGACCUGGUGACGACUCACGAGCUCGGUCAUAACUUCGGAGCUGAACACGACCCGGACAACGUCCCGUACUGCGCUCCACCCGAGGAGCAGGGAGGGAAGUACGUGAUGUACCCGAUCGCCGUGAGCGGAGACCACGUCAACAACAAGAUGUUUUCAGACUGCAGUAAGCGCUCCAUCGUGAAGCGCCUCCGGUCGAAGGCUCCGUCCUGCUUCAGGCGGAGGAACAUCAACGUCUGUGGGAACUCUCGGGUGGAGCAGGGCGAGGAGUGCGACCCAGGUCUGCUGCACAUCAACUCCGACCUCUGCUGCACCACCGACUGCAGGCUGCGAGCUGGAGCACAGUGCAGUGACAGGAACAGCGCGUGCUGUAAAAACUGCAGGUUCGAGUCUGAAGGUGAAGUCUGUCAGGAGCCCAUCGACGCCACCUGUAAAGGCCACUCCUACUGCACAGGAAACAGCAGCGAGUGUCCUCCUCCAGAGAACGCUCCGGAUAAGACGGUGUGUCUGGACAGCGGCGAGUGUUCGAGCGGGGAGUGUGUUCCGUUCUGUCAGGCCGUCCUGAAGCUGCAGCCGUGCGCCUGCAACGAAACCAACUCGUCCUGUAAAGUCUGCUGUCGGAGCAGCGCCGGCGUCUGCGCGCCGUACCAGGACCAAUCAGGAAGCUUCCUGUUCCUGCGGAAAGGCAAGCCGUGCACCGUGGGCUUCUGUGACGGAGCGGGGAAGUGCAUGAAGCAGGUGCAGGACGUGGUGGAGCGUCUGUGGGACUUCAUCGACAAACUGGACAUCAACACGUUCGGCAAGUUCCUGGCCGAUAACAUCGUGGGCUCCGUGGUGGCCUUCUCCCUGCUCUUCUGGGUCCCCUUCAGCAUCCUGGUCUACUGUGUGGACAAGAAGUUGGACCAGCAGUACGAGCAGAACACCAAGUCCCUGUUCUUCCCCAGCAAUGCCGAGCUGCUGAGCAGCCUGGAGUCUGCAUCUGUCCGGAUCUUCAAACCGCCGACCUUCCCCACCACGACCAGCGCCGCCUCCGCCGGGCUGCGUUUCCAGCCGUCCGGUCCUCAGCAGACCAGCACGCCUCCGGUUCUGCCCGACCCGACGCCCGGCCCCCCUCUGGACAGCCCCCGCAUGGCCACCAUCCAGGAGGACCCCAGCCUGGACUCGCACCUGGACGAGGAGGCGCUGGAGGAGGCGUUUGGCCGACCGGCGGGGGCGACUCAGCGAUCCUUCGAGGACCUGACGGAGAAAAGUGUGACGAGUCGCAGCGAGAAGGCGAGAAGACUGAGGAGACAUCAGAUCGACACCAAGGAGACACAGUGCUGAGAGGACACACCUGUCCACACGAGGACACGCCUGUCCACACGAGGACACGCCUGUCCACACGAGGACACGCCUGUCAAACCAUUAAAGAUCCUCGGACAGUCUUUCCUGUCAGGUGAUGUCUUUCCUCCACAAACAUGACGCAGGUAAAACUCCCAUGAUGCCGCGCUGCUUCACGGCGAGUCGCCAAACCAAGAAAACGUUCUCUGAACGUUAUAUUAUCGUUUACGUCAACACGUGUGGCUAAUUAGGCUAACGCGUUCAUGAGCUAACGUAACGAGGUCAGACUUACUUCUCCGUCCUCGUUAAAUUCUGACUCUAACUUUGUUACAUUAACUUUUCUUCACCUGGAUCAGUUUCAGGGCUUCAUCAGGGACGCCCCCUCUCCUGAUUCGCUGUCUGUCUCAAUCCAUUUAACUUCUUCAUGGAGGUUUGAGCGAUCUGAUUGGUCGCUGCAGUGCGGCCGUUCAAAUGAACUUUUUGAAGGUACGGAGGCCCAAAGAGUUCAAAAUAAAUCAAAUCACAUAAAUACAUAGAAAUAUUUUACAUUGCGCUCGUUAAACUCAUUUUAAUUAUUUAAUUAUUUAUUUUGUUUUUAUUCACGUCCAAAUAUUUUUUUUAUUGUUUACAGAAGUGAACCAAAAAACAGCAACACUGUAAAAAUACUCAGUUACUCUGUAAAAAUACUCAGUUACUCUGUAAAAAUACUCAGUUACUCUGUAAAAAUACUCGGUUACUCUGUAAAAAUACUCGGUUACUCUGCAAUGGUUGUUUUCGUUCCGUUGAAUUAAACGCGUCACCUCCUACUUGAACGUCCUCACAGACACGUUACCUCCUCCAGUGAACGACGGCCGUACUUCGAGUAUUCGAGUACUUCAGGAAGUAAAAAGUAAAAUAAAAGUAUUUCACCCUGAAACUUAAGCAACAUUAAAAGGAAGUACUCGAGUACUUCAGAGUAUUUUGUUACUUUCCUCUGGCAGAAGAACUCGAGCAGAACCGGGUCAGUGGAUCGAGACGGAGGUUUUCCUGCUUUGAACGCCAACGUUUUAUUUUGAAAAAUAACAAAAAUAAACUCUCAGGUUUGACUGUUCAUUAUUGUUGUUGUUGUUGUUAAGUGUCAUUUUAUUUUG